UUUUGGGAGUUGGGUUUGUUCUACAGUCUCUCUCUCCUCUCUCUUCUCUCGUCUCUCUCUCCUCUCUCUUCUCUCGUCUCUCUCUUCACAAGCUCAAAUGGCCGGCGUGAGAUGGAGAGAGUGGUGGAACACGAUGGCGUUCCCCACGCGGCGAAUCUGGAAUCGUUUCACCGUUCGCGUCGGAUUCCGUCAUAGCGGACUCUUGAGGCUACAGAACGACGUGAGUUCUUGCGAGUACGAAGACAUACACAUCAUGUGGAAUCUGUUGCACAAGAACGAAAUUCAGACACCAACACCAACACGUGGCGCUCGAAUCCAACAACGGAUCCAACAAAGGAAGAAAGCUUGUUGGAAUCUACUGAUCGGUUCAUAUCUUUGCCAAAGAUUCUGAUUAUUAUAUAUAUAUAAAAAAAAUAUAACCCAAAAACAUUCCAAAACCAUCGUUGUAACUGAGAGAGCCUUGACGGGUCCCCUGCAAAUGUGGUGAGGUAAUUGACAUAUUUGGCGAAUAAGAAAAUCCGAGGCUGCACAGUUUUAGCUGCUGUUAUGUUCCAUAUCAUGCCUCUAUAUAUAUUAUAUGAGUAUUAUUAUCACUUGAGUGUUGUAUAUAUGAAACAAUUGUUUUAAGAUAGUUUGGAUACAUCUAUGUUCAUCUAUAUGGUUUUCUGGU